GUCCCUCCUCCAGCACAGUGGUGUAUGAGUGCAUAGCACUGUAGUCUACCCCUGCCCUGCCUCUCCCUCAGUCCGCUUGUCGUUUCUGCAGCAGCUGGGACCAGGCACCUUCUGUACAGGAGCACGCAGCAUGGCAUCGAGUGGUUUUGUUCUCGCAGGACUUUACAUCCUCGUCGUCGCCAGUCAAUCAUGGGCGGCAGUAAAGGUAAACAUGGAGGAUCGCGUGGAGGUGUCCCUGGGACAGAGGGCUGAGAUCAGCUGUCUUCACGAGAUGGACAGCGACCCCAGCACAGCCAUCAUCCAGUGGUUUGCAAAAGCACCAGGCCCCAACAGUGCCAGGCAGCACAUCUACUUCAUGGAGAACUCAGUCAGGAUUCCAGAGCCGGACUCGCCCUUCACGGGGCGGAUCACAGUGGAGGACCGCUCGCCUGGUUCUGUGGUUCUGAUCCUGGACCCGGUCCAGCUGCAGGACGAGCUGCUGUUCAUCUGCCAAGUGGACGGCAAGACCGAGGGCAAAGAGGAGGGAAGCACAUACCUCAGGGUGUUCAGUUCUCCAGAAAUGCCCAGAAUUAAAAAAGCGGACUCUGGAAUCCUUAUCAAUGAGAAGGACCCGUCCAAGAUUGCCAGCUGCGAGGUCAGGAAUGGAUACCCCCUGCCCAACAUCACCUGGUAUCGAGACCGAACCCCCCUGCAGAUAUCUGAAGGAGAGGUUGGAGUGGUAAACCUGGUGACGAGAGACACCAACAGCCUGUACACAGUCCGAAGUGACCUUCAUCUGAAAGUGAGGAAGGAAGACAAGGAUGCCGUCUUCUACUGCGAGUCGUCUUACUUCGUGCCUGAUGGGAUGGCGAUGACCGAGUCGAUCCGCAUCAACAUCACCGUUCACUACCCACCAACGUACGUGGAGUUAAGCCUGGUGACCCCCACAGACCUGGUCAAGGAGGGGGACGAUGUGGAGAUCAGAUGCUAUGCCGACGGAAACCCAUCACCGCCACUGACCUUGAAACAUAAUGGAGAGGACGUUGACGAGCAGAUGCUCACGGCUAACCAGGAGGGGGUGCUGUUGAGAAACGCGAAGCGCAGUGAUGGUGGCACCUACUCCUGCACCGCCCUGGACCUGGAUGCACUCGACCCAGACUCGGGGGAACUGGAGAACAGCCUGGAGCUGCCAGUGCACUACCUGGACCAUGCUGUGGUGCUGCCGGAGGAUCUGAUGGUGCUGUCUCAGGGUGCCAUCCUGGAGGCUACCUGUAAUGCCGUCUCCUCUUUGAAAACACACACAGUCUGGUACAAGGAUGGGCGUGAUGUCUCUGAGGGCCACGUGCUGAAGCUUGUGAACGUGUCUCUGGACACAUCUGGAGAGUACCGCUGUGUAGUGACCACUCCUGACCUGGCAGGCCUGCGCACGGAGGGAUCCCUACAGGUGCUUGUGCAGGGUCAGCCCCAGAUCACGGACGUCACUCAGGAGGAUGAUGAACUCUCUGUGAACCUGACCUGUGUGGUGUUGGGGUACCCCACCCCCUCAGUCACCUGGGGCUCAUCUGGCCAGGAGGACCUGAAUGGAUUGUCCAGGGACACUCCGAUUCUUGGCGGUGUCAUCAGCACGCUAACAGUCAAAGCCACCUCCGCGCUGUCAUUUGUGUGUGAAGCAGAGAAUACGUUUGGGAAAGACAGCCGAACUGUCAUGGUGGAGUCCAUGAAACCUGAAACGACUCCCGCUCCUGCUACCUCUCCUCCACCUAGAGUCUUUCAUACCACAGUCUACAAUCGACAGACAGUUGCGCCUGAAACUAACCUUACAGCCGUUCCUGGUACCAAGCCGUCUGGGUCGGUAACAGUCAAACCUCCGAGGAGAGUCCAGAAAGAGGGCAGUGGUGUGAUCAUUGCGGUCCUCAUCGUCUGCGUCCUCCUGCUGGCCAUCCUGGGAAGUGUCCUCUACUUCCUGUAUAAGAAGGGCAAGAUUCCCUGCGGGCGUUCCGGGAAGCAGGAUCUUACAAAAGAGAAGUCCAAUAAGGAUGCCAUCGUCAUGGAGAUGAAGACUGAUAAGUCUGAUGAGGCGGUUCUUUUACAGGGAGUCAACGGGGACAAAAAAGCCCCCUAGUGACCAGUGGAGUGAAGUCUAUGGACAUGCGGCUGUGCCUGCGCUGCACUGAUCUGAGAACAGCAACAGCAGCAGCAGUGACAGUCUGCUUCAACCCCCCGCCCAGAUGUCACUCAGGGUCUGACCCGAACACGGCAACAACCCCUCUGCACCCCCCUGGCUCCACGCACCCCCCCCCCCCAAACAAAAAUACAGAUACCCCUAUACACCCCUAGAUACAGCCAUAAAACUCAGCUAAUCUCCCUUGUACAGCCCUACAUACAGCCACCAAACGCAGCUUAUACAGACCUAGAUACAGCUACACACUAGAUCCACAACCACCCACCUGUCAGCCUGUGAUCUAUCCUGCCGGUCAUACCCGUCCUCUGCUACACUUCUCUUACAACCCCCCCCCCCCCCCCCAGCCCUUCUCCUCUGUCCUCCUGAUCCAGGUAGAACCCUGCUGUCUCCUCAUGUCAUGUCACCAUGGAGACGUGUUCUGCGAGUGUUGUAGAGUUUAGCGGAAUCCAAUUGGCCCGGUAGAGCACUUAUGCAAUCAGUGGCUCCUGGUUGUGUAUGCUACUUUAUCAUGUAUAUAUUAUCUACUGUAUAUAUUCCUGGAGACCAGGUGACUUCGGGACAGAUUUGACCCACAUAUGGUGCCGACCUAGGCCUGAUCCAGGUCUAGAUCAGGUCUAGAUCAGGUGUAGAUCAGGUGUAGAUUAGGUCUAGAUCAGGUCUACAUCAGGUCUACAUCAGGACUAGAUCAGGUCUAGAUCAGGUCUAGAUCAGGUCUACAUCAGGUCUAGAACAGGUCUAGAUCAGGUCUACAUCAGGACUAGAUCAGGUCUAGAUCAGGUCUACAUCAGGACUAGAUUAGGUCUAGAUUAGGUCUAGAUUAGGUCUAGAUCAGGUCUAGAUCAGGUCUACAUCAGGACUAGAUCAGGUCUAGAUCAGGUCUAGAUCAGGACUAGAUCAGGACUAGAUCAGGUCUAGAUCAGGUCUACAUCAGGUCUAGAUCAGGUCUAGAUUAGGUCUAGAUCAGGGCCAGAUCUGUACCAGAGUCAGCUGUCUGGGUUUAGAUAUUUAAAAUAGAUGAAGAACAUUUGUGAAGUAUAACGAUCACAGGUCCAUGUUUAGGUUCCUUCUUUUUGUUUUGCAUUUUUUUGUAAGUAUAUGUAGUUGAGUGUGUUCUGGGUCUUUGUGUCGCCUCCUGCUGUGUAAUCUCUUUACUUUUAUGAUGAAGGACGACACUAACCGAGGCAGCUUUGCCACCCAACUAGCGUUGAAUGUGGGGACAUUAGGUGUCCGGAUCUGCCUGGGUUAGUUCCAGUUUUUAAGGGCACAAUUCAAAGAGAUGAAUCUGAUGAGAAACUGUGAACGCCGUGGGCAGCAUUUGGUGGAAAAAAGUGGGAUUUCCUGUCACUUUUAGAACUUCUUUUUCUUUUACAAAAACCUCUACAGCAUACUGUGUACAUCUGACAAUCUUGCUAUUCUGAGAUUCAGAAUAGAUUUAUCUUUCUUCAGAAUAGAUUUAUCUUUCUGAAUCGUUCCCUAGUUUCACUUCUGCCUCAUUGGAGUCUGUGCACUGAAUAUUUCGGAUUAUUUAUCGUACGUUAAAAAAAACAAUCAGAAACACACUGUUCACACCCCCUUGGUUUCAUACACUGUUCCAUAUUUAAAAAAAAGUAAUCUAUUUUUUGUUAAAGUCUUGUCUCUACUGUGACAUCCCUUAAAUCAUGUUCACCCCCAUUACACAAGAGAAAACCAUGACAGACCAAACUCUUGAGUUUUAAGGCUCAUGUGCCAUCUAGUGGUGACAGAGAGAAAUGUCAUAUAGGCAUAUUUCAAUUUCUUAGUUUUUUUGUUCAGUGUUUUGUUUCUGUCAUUUUAUUACCUGCUGUCUUUGUGAUGCACUAUUUUUGUUCUUUAGUUUUAUAACAAAAUUAUUUUACUUUUUGGCCUUAAGCAAGCUUAAGCAUUAAGCCUUAUGUAAAUUUCAACCUGACUAUGUACUAUUCUGCAUUUUAAUUCAGGCAACUAGCCUAGUCACCUAAAGACCCAAACCUGCUUCUGACCAGUAUUCUGUGUCAGUGUCAGUGAAUCCAGUCAGUUGCAUCUGAAUCUGGAAUCUGUGAACAGUGAAGUCGAUUUUUAAAGGUGUAAGAUACAGCUUGGCAGUAGCAUCAUCCAGAAGCCAUGUUUGUUUUAGUCUGUCAGUCACUGUCAGACUGCCGUUCAAAGCACAAAUGCACAUUAUUUGCACCUGUACACAACACUGCAAUCGGACAGUUUACUUGUUGUAAAAGCAUGUACAGCUCAAAGAUAGCAAGACAGAAAUUCUAUUUUUAAGUUUAGGAAGUAGAAUGAAUCCAGUCAGUUUAUGCAUCACCAUCCAUUAAUCCCAAAGCUCUGAAAGGCCACGUAGGGACGGUGUUCACGCUGAUAAAGACUGAAGGUCGAAGGUCGAAGGUCGAAGGUCACAGUGCCAAGGAGCCCAGAGCAGAGUUGGACUGACUGAACAGAGACUGAAGCGUGUGUUUCCUUGGGUUUUCCAAGUAUAUCCAGUCCACAGAUUUGUAUACUCUUCUACUGAUUUCUAUACUGUAUUUUUAUGUUAUGUCAAUGAGGGUUUGUGUUUGAGGCUUCCUCUUUUACUUGCUUCUUAAAAUGCUCUACUUCUGUGCCUUUAAUGAAAAUAAAAUAUAAAAAUGAAAAAUAAACAAGUUCAGGAAUGUG